AAGGAGACAGAGGGAACCAUUUGUUUCUUUAAGCCUUUAAGGCACCAUACUUCGGAAAAAAAACGAGUAAACAAUAGAAUAAAUCCUAAUCACAAAUCCUAGGGAGAUUUGGCUUUGCUCAAGCUCAAAGUUAUUAAACUAUAUAUGGAUCCUUAUCAGAAUCCUAAUCCGAAAGGGUACCAGGGACAUAUGCCAUUAAUUGUCUCAGCCGGCGACGGUGGCAGUGGUGGCUCCGAUAUCCCCCAAAGAACAGUUGACAAUAAGCAGAAGAAGAAGCUUCUCCACCGCGACAUCGAACGCCAGAGAAGACAAGAAAUGGCUACACUUUUUGCUUCUCUUCGUGAUCACCUACCUCUUCAAUACAUCAAGGGGAAGAGAGCUGUUUCGGAACAUGUAAGUGGAGCGGUGAAUUUUAUUAAGGACACGGAAACAAGGAUUAAAGAACUCAGUGCAAGAAGAGACGAGCUAAGCCGAGAAACAUGUUAUAAAUCGAAUCCGGAUCUAGCAGGAACUGCAUCCGAGUUAGGCAAUUCGGUUCCGGCGAGUGUGUUAGUGCAACCAUGCGUGAGCGGUUUCGAAGUGGUGGUGAGUAGCAAUUCGUUAGGACCCCAAGCUUUACCACUCUCAAGAGUGCUUGAGGUACUUCAGGAGCUAGGGCUUGAAGUCAUCAGCUCUCUCACCACAAGAGUUAAUGAGAGUCUCAUACACACUAUUAGAGUCGAGGUUAAUAGUUUUGGAUGCUUGGACUUAGCUUAGUUGCAGCAGAAGCUAGUUGAGGAGUUGAUACCUUCGACGGGAAAUAUCUAAUGCCUUUAUGAAACUUCAUCUUUGGAGCGGGACUUGAAAGUCAUUCUUAAAAGGAGGCGUAUCUUAGGUUUAAACAAGUCCAGGUACGUACUUUAUGUUUGAAAAGGAUUUGUACGAGUAGGUCAUAAAGUUCAUCAUCAUUCACCGCCCACACAGUAAAGAUUUUUGUUGUGUGCUUCCCUUACGUUUUGCUUAUUAUUCCAUUGUCAUGUUUUCAUGCGUUUUUUUGUGUAAGGAUAUAAGGUUUUAUGUAAUAUAUAUCCCAUGAAUCAUUGAGUCCUA